AUGACCAGGUUCCCGAGCACCGCAUCAGACAACGAACCCGCACAUCUCACGCAAAUGGAGGACGAACAUCACCGCAGCACCCUCAUCGAGGACUUCAUGAGCGGGGCUGAGGUGGAGGGCGACGGGGACGCGAGCCAUGGCGACCCCUCCGUCCCCCAGAACGACCAGAAGGCGCAGGAGUACCUGGAAAUAGACGACGAGGAUGACACGACUGUCGUCCGCCUCGCCGCCGGUGAGCUAAAGGAGAACACAAACAUCUACAAGUCCGCCUUCCACGUCUUCAAAGCAAACGUCGGCACCGGCGUGUACCUACUGCCCACCUUCUACCCCGAUGCAGGCUACGCAGUCUCUGUGAUCCUCACCGUCCUCAUGGGCGCCGCCGUCAUCGACUGUACGCGGAUGCUGGUGGAUGUGAAGGUGACGAUCAACCGCAGCGAUGUGACCACCUACUCGCNAGUGUGCCGCUACGUGUGCGGCGCCGGAUUGNGUUGGUUCUUGUUNNGUGCAUGGCCCUGCGCAGUUGGGCUCUGCUCAUGUACAGCCAG